AUGAGCAUUGAACACACUGAAAUUAAGGUUAAAUUACGACCCUUAGUUUAAAAUACAGUACAAGUAACAAUUGGGCUAAGGCAAAGGGAUGCGUUGUCUCCUAUCUUAUUCAACAUAGCGUUAGAGAAAGUAAAUAGAGAAUUCGAUAUUGACCAAGGUGUCAGGCUAAGAGAGACAAAAAUUGGACUUUUAGCAUACGCGGACGACUUAUUUUUGCUGGUAGAAAGUCAAAAAGAACUCAAAAGACAAUCCAAGAAAUUGAUAGAAUAUGUGAAACUAAUAGGAUUGGAGCUAAAUACAGAAAAAACAGAAUGUAUGGUAGUCCAAAAAAAUACCUCAAAAUAUUCAGAACAUUUGGUUGGAAGUUGAAGGUUAUGGAUUCAGAAGAGUUCAACAAUUUAAACACUUAGGUGCUUUAUUAACUCAACAAAACAAGAUACAUAGUGAAGUAAAGGCGAGAAUUCAAUCCGGUAACAAAUCCUAUUUUGGGCUAGCAAAGUUACUACGAUUCAGAACAUUAUCAACAAAUUUAAAAAUUCAGGUAUAUUGGACACUAAUAAAACCGACCGGAUCGGAAACAUGGGCAUUCCAAAAAACAGAAGUAAAUUCACUAGAUAUUUUUGAAAGAAAAGUACUUGAAGAAAUACACGAUCCCUGUAGGGAUGUGAACAAUGGAGAACGGACAAUCCGUAAAAAUAGCAAAUUAAGAGAACUGUAUCAAAGCUCGAGUAUAGUUGACGAUAUCACCAUGGGACGUCUUGUAUGGGCGGGUCAUGCAUGGCGUAAAGAGGGUUCACAACUAAGAAUGAUAUUAGAAAAUGCUCCUCGAGGAAAAAGACCAUUGGGACGCCCAAGAUUAGGAAAACGGAGUAAAAAAGGACGUAGAAAGAAUAAGACCAAGAGAGGACUGGAAGCUAUAAGCAUUAGAAAGAGAAAAUUGGAGGUAAUUUUGUUGAAUGGUAAGGUCUUGAAGGCUGAAUACCUUCAUACGAAAAGAAGACCUUUAUUAAAAAAAUAA